UUGUAUGUGUAAGUAGGUGUGUGUUCGUUGUGUUGGUAGGUAGGUGUAGGUUGUGGUGGUAGUCGUCGCGGUGCUGGUCAACGUAAGUAUAAUAAUAAUUUUCAUAAAUUUCAGAUUGGUACAACAACAACAUUCAACGGAUAUACCAACAUCACCGGCUUUCGUCCUACCAACAUACCACCACGACCAGCACCACGACCAGCACCACGACGACUACCACCACAACCUACACCUACCUACCAACACAACGAACACACACCUACUUACACAUACAAUCAACAGCAUUAUCCUCAACAAAAUUAUUAUAACGAUAAUAAUAACAACUUACCAUCUUUAUUCGAUAUCAACCCGUUUCAUACGCCAUCACGUCAUAAUACUCGUACUUACCAUCAAGCUCAACAAUAUAAUCCAAAUCAACAUCAACAUCAUUACCCACGUUCAUUAUCACGUACACGUUUUCAGGUCCUGUCACAAUUACCAUCACAAUCACGAUCACGUUCAAGAUCAACACAUCGUCUACCAAUACCACCACCAAUAAAACCACGUCGUACUUAUCAACAACAACAAAAACAACAGCAGUCACAAUAUAAUCGUCAUAUUUACCAGCAACGACAACAACCUACAAAUACUACGACGACUACUACUACUUACAACAAUCGUACUCUACAAGGUCUUAUCAUUUCAGAUUCAAUGUGUUCUCGCAUCAGAACAUAUACUAUUAAUAAAUUACCUUUAUACAACGUCGAAUUAUCAUACGAAUCAGGUUGUGACAUUAUCAAAAUGAUAAAUUGGUUACAAACAUCUGAAGGUCAAAGUACAGUAGGAAAUAAAGAAUUUUUAGUUAUAUGUUUGGGUACUAACGAUGUGGGACAGUACGGUGUUGAGGUGACUCUGCAGCGUUGUAGUGAGUUCAUACGUUUUAUUCGUCAGUCAUUCCCUGGUAUCCGGGCCAUUGGAUGGUUAGCGUUGUCUCCAAGGUGGAAGCCAACGAGAUUCGUCUCUGCGGCCGAUAUCGGAGGUCUUCACUCUCUUUUCAAUGAGCAUCUCCAAAUCUUAUCUAAGCAAUUAGAUUUUGAUGUUGUUGAUGCGCGCUUAGGAUCCUUGGAUAUGCGUGUGGAAGAUGGGCUACAUCCAUCUAACACCACUGGCAAAUGGAAAUAUGAAGGAGCUCUUCGUGAAUGGUUCUCUUAUCGUAUUGCCGCACAUACUUCUUCUUCUAUUUCAUUUCAGCAUCGUCGAACACCAUCACCAGCACCAAUACCAGCACCACGAAUAACAACAGCACCAACAACAGCACCAACAUAUGCCACAAUAGUACGAAGAAACAAUAAUAAUUACAAUGAUAAUCAACAGCAUUAUACGACAAGACAAGUAAGGCCUUUCUCUUCGUUUUUUUCUUCGUCUUCGUCUGUUUUUUGUAAUAAUAAAAAUAAUAACAACAGUAUAAACACGACAAGACAGGUAGGAAAUUUUUCUUCAUCUUAUUUUUAUGAUAAUAAUAAUAAUAAUAAUAAUAACAGAAAUAUAAAUAACACUCAGCCUUUUACAGUUACAACAGAUAGAAUAGAUAGAACAGAUAGAAUAGUAGUAAAACAAGUAAAUAGAAAUAGUAGACAACAGAUUAAUUUUCCAUCAAAAUCAUUGAUUAAGGAAUACCCCCAUAAGUUAAGAAUUGUAGAACAAUUUUUUAGAGAUAAUCAGCCAAGUAAAGAAAUAGAAAAAGAGAAAGAUAAGUUAUUCCUAGCCGCCAACAUUUAUUAUCAAAAAAGGUAUUUUGAGGAAGAAAGUAAAAAAUGGAAAAUCUAUGAACAAGUAGCCAGUCGUAAGGUAGAAGAAGAUAAGGAAGAUAGAGAAGAUAUAGAAAUGUUAGAUUUAGAAGAAAUACCCCAAGCAAGACCAUCUAGAAAGAGAUAUUCAGCCAUUUUAAAUAUGACAGUUAGUGAUACAGAUAGCCAGGAGAAUGAGAAUAGUAAUAAUGAGAAUGGGAAUAAGGAAGAGGCAAGUAACGAGAAUAGUAGUAGUAGCAGUAAUAGUGAGAUGGACGAGGAUGAUAGAAAGAAAAGAAAAUUACAAGACACUAGCUUAUCCCCCAAUUCGAAGACAGUUAAGGAAAAUAGUAUAAGGAAAAAGAAGUCUAAGUCUAAGAAAAAGAAAAGAAUAGCAAUAGAAAAUGAUCCAAGAGCACCCCAAGGUAGUCCAUUUUUAUUAGUUAGUGAGAAUAAUAGGGAACAAAUAGCAGCUAGAGAGGCAACCAAUACCAGACAAGACACUCCAACAGAUCCAGCAGCAAAAAAACAAAGAUUAUUUUCACAUGUACCCUUACCCCAGAGAGUUAAGAAUAGACACCACUUAGAACAGAUAGAAAAAGAAAAAAAUAGUCAGUCAAAUGAGAAUUCACCCAUUGAGUUACCGAAAACACCACCAGGGAUAAUCGAACCAUUGAGAUUAAGUCCAAGACAGAGCACACCGAGAACACCAGUAGCAGUACCCAUACCAAUUAGUUAUAGUCCAACGAUAGCAGUAACAACAGAGCAAAUCCGAGAGAGUAUUCCCCUUCAGUCAGUAAUAACAAUAGAAGAAGAGCCAAUAGUAGCUAUGGAACAAGAUAUAGUUAGUCAUUCACCAUCAGUAAUUUCUAAGGAAUCAGAUAUUAAUAGAAUAGAUUUAUUUAAGUUUCCAAUUAUUCCCAUUGAGUGUCAGUUUCAUUUUAGAGUAUUUCAUGUAGCAGCAACUUCUGAGAAUAUUAAAGCACAUAGAGAAUUUUUAGAAAAGAAAUCAAUACAGCAGGAGAGGGACUUAGAACAGUUAAUGGGUACAUUUAGUAUAGACUUACAGAGAAUAAUAGUUAAAUAUAUUAAAGAUAGUGUAGAACCCCUGAUAGAUAGAUUAAAUAGUUCAAAUCAGAAGAGAUUAAAUAACUUACUCUUAGACCAGAUGAGAGAAAAAGCAGUUAGAAUAAUUAGAAAUAAGGCAGAUAAGGAUAGUUUAGAAUUAGUAGAAAAAACACAGAUGAGAUUAGAGAGAACAUUAGAAUUAAAAUUUCAGUUAGAUAAGUUAGAUAGAAGACUAAAUGAGAACAUGCCACCACCAGCUUUAAAUAUUAUGGAUAAGUUACAAUUUCAUAGUCGAGAAUUAAGUAAUGAGAAUAAGGAACAAUAUAGCGAACAAUGGAAUAGUAUAAUUAGAAAAGCUAAGUUAGAUUUAACAUCAAUAAUGAGAAUAGCUAAGCCACCUGGUGUCUGCUUGGGAUUUUCAAUUGUUGGUGGAACUAAUGUAUCUCGUAUUACGGAUUGCCGAGCAAUUGUGAUUACACGUAUUACUAAAGAUAGUUUUGCUGAUCGUGAUCAACAGUUAAAACUUCAUGAUAUUAUUUUAUGCGUUAAUAAUAUUAGUUUUACUAAUAUUGAACAUCAAUUAGCUGUUGGUAUACUUAGAUCAACUCGUAAUAAUGUUAAUUUAGUAAUUCCAUUGAGUUUUCUUGUUAUCAGAAACGCUAUUGUAACUGAUCUGAAAGAGAUAUUUGAUGAUAUCAUCGGAUUAAAACAAACUAAAGAAGCAUUGAGCUAUGCUAUCAUUUUACGUGUUAAGUUUUCAUAUCUUUUUGAUGGUAAUCGUAAAUCAUGGACUAACAUUUUACUAUAUGGAGUGAGCUUUGAGCUUUUAAUUAAAUUUCAUAUUAUAGUUUUUAUUAAAGCCUACUGGUACUAUGGUUCGGUGAAAGUGAAAAAAAAAGUGAAAGAUUUAUUUAAACUUGCUCGUGAACGACAACCAUGUAUUUUAUUUUCUGAUCAUACUGAUGGUUUGUGUGAAAAACAUUAUAAUACAGAAUCUGAAACAUCAAGACGGAUCAAAAAUGAGUUUCUUGUUCAAAUGCGACGCGUUGGACAAGAUAAUUCAAAUGUUCUUUUACUUGCUGCGACCAAUAUACCCCGGGCAGUGGAUACAGUUACUCUACGAAGACGAAUCUAUACGCCAUUACCUGAUGUAAAUGAAAGAGCAGCUUUGUUUAAAACGCAUUUAGGUUUUAGUAAUUAUCAUUUGAUACGAGAUCAUAAAUGGAUGCAAUUAGCACAGAAAGCUCAAAACUAUUCUGGUGCUGAUAUUGAUGUUAUUUGUCGAAAAGCUUCACCACAAUCCACUCGACGGCUUCGUUCAGCAACUCAUUUCAAAAGAGUAGAUUUUCUUCGAUCAAUUCUAUUCAUUUAUUGA